CGAAGUCGUUGAGCGCGGAAGUGCCCCGGAAAAGAGCGAAAGAAAACCCAUUUCGGCACACAGACAACGCGAUUUUCGUUGAAUGGCCGCUGUGUGUGUUGUUUGUUUGUGUUUGUGUUCGGUUUAGUGUCUGUGUAAUCGCGCAAAGAAGUUCGGCGGCAGCGACAGUGUAAAAUAGUGAAGCAUAAAGGCCAAGCGAAGAACAACACAUAAAACCCGAGACAUCAAAGUUCCCCUUAUUUCUUAGAGUGUGUGUGUGUGUGUUCGCUGCUUAUAGUGUUAGUGUUCCUUGUUUAUUUCUGUUAUAUCUUGGCCCUUUCUCGCCUACCUUUUGCUACCUGUGAAUUGGUUAACUUUGUUGUUGCAGCGGUUUGCGUGCCGAGUUAAAACCAAAACAACAUGCUCGAAUAUUAGUCGGCAAAUGCAAAGAGUCAAACUCUCAUUUUCGACAAACAAGAAGCAGAGAUGUGCAGACGUGAUAAGGCACUCAAAAAACAACAAUCUCGGUUAUAAUAGAGGAGAGAGGAGUACUAUAAAACCAACUAAAUUUGGAGGAGAAGUUAUAAAGAUUUGGUGAAAAAUGACAAUAACAUAUACCGGUGAAGUGGCCACUUGCCGCGGCUUUGGAUGUUUUCUCAAAUUGCUGCUCAGAUGGCGAGGAAGUAUUUACAAGCUAGUCUGGCUAGAUCUUUUGGCCUUCCUUAUCAUUUACUAUGCGAUAAAUAUGGUUUAUCGUUUCGGCCUAAAUCCAGGACAAAAAGAGACUUUCGAAGCCAUUGUCCAAUACUGCGAUAGUUAUAGAGAACUCAUUCCCCUGUCCUUCGUCCUGGGUUUCUAUGUAUCCAUUGUGAUGACCCGCUGGUGGAACCAGUAUACCUCCAUUCCCUGGCCAGAUCCCAUUGCCGUCUUCGUCAGCUCCAAUGUUCAUGGCCAGGAUGAGCGAGGACGUGUGAUGCGACGUACGAUUAUGCGUUAUGUCUGUCUCUGCCUGACCAUGGUCCUGGCCAAUGUAUCACCCAGGGUGAAGAAACGUUUUCCGGGACUCAAUAACCUCGUGGAGGCAGGUCUCCUCAAUGACAACGAGAAGACCAUCAUCGAGGCAAUGAACAAAUCCUUUCCCAGACCCUCGAAACACUGGUUGCCCAUUGUCUGGGCUGCUAGCAUCAUCACCAGGGCCAGGAAGGAGGGACGCAUUCGAGAUGACUUCGCUGUGAAGACCAUCAUCGAUGAGUUGAACAAAUUCCGGGGUCAGUGCGGACUCCUCAUCAGCUAUGAUACGAUCAGUGUUCCGCUUGUGUACACCCAAGUGGUGACCCUGGCAGUGUACUCCUACUUCCUGACCUGCUGCAUGGGCCAGCAGUGGACCGAUGGCAAGGUGGUGGGCAAUACCACUUACCUGAACAAGGUGGAUCUCUACUUUCCGGUCUUUACCACGCUGCAGUUCUUUUUCUACAUGGGAUGGCUCAAGGUGGCCGAGUCGCUGAUUAAUCCCUUUGGAGAGGAUGACGAUGACUUUGAGGUCAACUGGAUGGUGGAUCGCAAUCUGCAAGUCUCCUAUCUGAUCGUCGACGAGAUGCAUCAUGACCAUCCGGAACUGCUGAAGGAUCAGUACUGGGAUGAGGUGUUCCCCAACGAGCUGCCGUACACAAUCGCUGCCGAACGGUUCCGCGAGAAUCAUCCGGAGCCAUCCACAGCCAAGAUCGAGGUGCCCAAGAAUGCGGCCAUGCCCUCGACCAUGUCGUCUGUGCGCAUCGAUGAAAUGGUUGGUAAUGCUAAUGGCGCCACUGCCGCCGCCGCCGCUCCGGACACAAAGGUCCCGCUUGCGGCUCCGGGUCAGGUUCCCGGCCAGGCCUCUGGCCAGGUUCCGGUUCCGGGUUCGGAUCAGCAAUCCGUUACCUAUGACUUUCCCAAAGGCUCGCCAGACGAGGAGGCGGAUGAUGCCAGUGGCAUUCACUUCUCAGCUGGCAAUGGAAAAAUGCGUCUGGGCUCCUCGCCCUCGCUGGUUAGCGUUUCGGGCACUUUGUCCCGUGUUAACACAGUGGCUUCAGCUCUAAAGAGAUUCCUGAGUCGCGAUGAUAGCAGGCCAGGAUCGGCCACGCCUAGUGAGGACCAAAAGCCUUACAAAUUCCCAGCCAGCGCCAGCUCAGCGAGUCUCUCGGGAGUGGCGGGAUCUGCCACAUCGGCGGGUAAACCAGCUGGCAGCAUGCGGAUAACCCAUCAGGUUAUCGAGGAGGUGGACGAGCAGGCCACCAUCACCUCGAUGAGGGCCAAUGAGCCGCGUCCCAAUGUCAUGGAUAUAUUUGCAUCAUCCUCGGGAGCUGGAGGACCGCCUUCGGGGCCAUUGCAGCCACCGCCUGCUCACUCGGAGCCGGUGGACAUUCCUGCACGUCCUCCCAGCUACAAUCGAGCCCAGUCCCAGUACGAGCCCACUCUGUUCCCUCCUGGAGGAGUGGAUAACCUGCUCAGCACCUCGGCGCCAGCAGGCGGUAGUCCCUCGCUGCUAUCCAAUGCCGCCACAGCACCAAGCUCGCCGGUGGGUGACAGCUCCAAAUCCUUGUACGAUCCCCAGAAGGCGGCCAGCCGGGAGACGGAGAGGCCCGAUGCACCGCAGGUUUUCAGGUGGUUCGUCACGCCCGUGGAGAACCUGGAUUUGAGGGCCUCAACCGAUUUGCUGACCCAGGCCCAGGCGGCCGUGGAGCCCGAGGACGAGGGCGAUGACUUCGAGAAGCUGAAGGCGGCUCGUGAGAAGGAGAAGCUGAUGCGCCAGCAAAAGAACCUGGCCCGCACCAUCAGCACUGCUCCCGGUGUGGACGCCACGGCUGUGCCGUUGGUUCCCAUGAUCCCCGUGGCCGUGGCAGUGCCUCCGCCGAACGUGCCGUCCGUUCCCUCCAGUGCCGAUCUCUUGAGCGGCUCGGAACUCCUUCCCAGCUCGACCAUGAAGUCGGAGGACGCCGUCAAUGGCAGUUGAACACAACUAGUAUUUUGAUUCGUACCCUUACAUAGGCUAAGUGUAGUGCAUUAUUUAAUUAAUUAAUUAAGCUAAACCGAUACCUAUAUAUAUACCAUAUAUAUAUAUCGCCGCUGACAUUGAGAAUACACAUAGUUAGUGUAAUAACGGACAGUCUAAGAUGAAUGCUCAUAACGUCUCUUGAGUGAGGAAGAUGGACCUAAUUAACGCAGUUAAUAACACAAAUACUAAAAUUUAAGUAGAAAGUUAUUUGAAUUUUACAAAUAUAAGUUUAUUUUGUAAAUGGCUAAAGUGACUUGGAUUUGAUUUCUCAUGGCCUGGUUUUCCUGGAUAUUGUGAUCAUGAUUUUAUACUCUGGUCUAAAGAAACCGGCUUCCUAAGAAACUUGU